GUGCUCUCCCUCACCCUCUCUCAGUGUGUGCGUGUGCGCUGCGCAUACAGGUAAUAAGCUGCUCCCCACUGCGCAACGAUGGAGCUAUCACAGCGAUGGAGAUGACGCAAACACAGGCAGUUCUACGAAAAAGUGUUUCAAGACGAACAUGGCGGCAACUUAGCCGAGGUCCAAGAUGACAGCGGCCACCAGGAGAACCAUUUCCAGGCUUUCCGCCCAGAGACGGGAACCGCUCGCGUCGGAGGGGCUCACAGCUCGCCUUUAAAAGAGAAUCGCGCAGCAUCAGCACCGACCGACCGAGAGAGGCUCGCAACAGCUGGUCUCCCUGCAUCACCAGCCCCCCGAACCCCCCCACCCCCUGCACAUAAGCCCCGGAGUGGGACGUGAAGGAGAAGCAGGGGGGUGGGGGGUGGGGGGGAUAUGCGGUCAAAGAGGACGCAGUUUUCUCCCGGAGAGCCAUGGAGAGCCGGGAUGCGGCAGCGCAAAGUUGAAUCUGUGCGGGCGCGCUAAUUGGAUCGGAAUAACAGCGCCGGUCGCUGCGGGCGCCCUGUACCGGCGGAGGAGGCACGGCACCCCCCCUGCUCACCAUCAACACAGACAGGAGAAGCAACCCCAACCCCCCCACCCCCCCCUGCGCCGACAAGUCAAUGAGUAUUGUGGCAGAGCAGCCCCCGCGGUGGAGUCGGCCAGGCCAGCACUCUCUCCCUAAAAUAUGACCAGGGGUGCUCGGAUGCAGCAUGACGGAGGCUUGAAACCCCGGUUCGCACCCCGAGAGGACGAGAAGCCAUUCACGGAGCCGGAGCGGGCCCAGAGAUGGCGACUGUCGCUGGCCUCUCUGCUCUUCAUCACCGUCCUCCUCUCUGAUCACCUGUGGUUCUGCGCCGAGGCCAAACUGACGCGAACCCGAGACAAGCGGUCCGACGCGCGGCUCGCCGUCACGGGCACGAUGAUGGUGGGCGAGGAGCCCCUCCAUCGACACCGAACCCCAACACUAGCUGACCCCCAGCGCCUCGCCAGAGAGCAAGAUGCUAUUUUUAUAGGGAAUUCUACCGAACCUCUGUGGCGAAUGGACACCUGUCACCCGGACAGCCUGUCCAGGGACUGUUUCACGUUCACGGACGCGUUGACCGUGUGCCUGGGCCUCUCUGGAGGAGGGGAAGAGGGGACACCGUCGGCGUACGUGAAUCUGAGCGAUUUGUACCUUUCUUUUUGUAAUUCCUACUCACUUUUGGAUUUGUUUUACGGGUUUACAAGUCCGGACGUGGCGAACUGCAGCCUGGAUACGGCCACGGGGCUGGAUGUGCUGGGAUGCAGGGAGUGCGUCCAGGCUUAUCAGCGUCUCGAUCGGCAGGCGGAGGACAACUACCGGGAGUUUGAGCUGCUGGUGGAGAAAUACGAGACGGACGUCUACUCGGUCAGGACGUGUAUGGAGGAGUGCAAGAUGGUGUAUAAGCCCUGGCUGUGUUCUCAGUACUUCCAGACCACCCAGAUGCACUGCAGCAAGCGAAUCCCCUGUGGCCAGUACUGCCUGGAGGUGCAACAGCGGUGCCCCUUUGUCCUGCCUGACAAUGAUGAUCUCAUUCAUGGAGGCAGCCCCAGUUUUAUAUGCACAGGGCUGCUGGAGGACUUUCCAUCAGGUGUGGACCCAGAUGCAGAGUGCUGUGAUGUGCGGUGGGACUUGAAAGUGGACAACCGAUCCAGGGGAACCCUAAAAAGAACUCACCCACCAUGCCAGCAUCGAAACUCGCUGAGCUCCUCGGCAGCCUGCAGACUGUGUAACAGCCGGCUCAAACUUUGCCUGCUGGUCCUUGUACUUUUACACACUGUUGCCAGCCUCACCGCAUCCCACAAUGCAACGGGGCUGGGCCUUCCCACGAUCGCGCCACUGGAGGACAGCCCAGCCAACGAGGAGUGACGGAGCUGCCAGGCGGGAUGCUAGUUUUGUGGGAAUGGUGGGGGAAUCCCUCACCAUGGCAACUGUUGUGGAAAAGUACUGCAACGGUUGUGCAAACGGCUGGAGUUGUGUGCCUGCAGACAUUCAGCAACACAAAGAGGAAAAUGUGAGACACUAUGAGGCGAUGGACGCUUCAAUCAAUCAAAACAAAGAAGUAACUAAACAAACUUACACAAACUAAGGGAUUAAAGCAGUCCCUUGGGUAGGAAAAAAAGGGACAGUGCCACAGCCUUUGUUGAAAGGGAAGGUCAGCUUCCUUGUGGCUGAGUUUCUCUAAUACGCUUUUUUACACUGUGUUCCAAUUAUUGGUUUCCGUUGCACUGGCUGACUAUGGAAUAACACAAUCAUAUUCUCUUUCUAAAACUCAUUCUUUGUCUUUGUUUCUGGGUCUUUAGACAGGAACAAAUUGUGYCCUCAAAGUAAGACAGAAAAUGUGAAAAAAAAAUUAGCUGCAAAUUUGCGUGUGUUUGUGUGUUUUCACGUGCGAGAGUGAGUGCAUGUCGCUAGACUAAAAAUCUACCUAAAAACUGGAGCAGCCGAUGGUUUUCCAGAGAGCCCCUCAGAUUCCACUCAGCUCCAUUACGUUGGUUUGUUGGUUCAAUCGGAUCAGUUUUACUGGGUUUCAAUGUGGUUCUGAUGCCCAAAAUACAUCUGAGUUUACCACAAGGUAUAUGUUCGAAACAUUUCAGUAAUUGGUAUCAGUAAAAAGCUAACACUCUGGCUCAGGAAGAUUUUUUCUUUAUUGGUGCCAAAGUCUGGAACAAUAUUUAAUUUCUCACCCCAUCCUACAUUCUGUUCCCCAUGUACCCAUAUAACAACACUGAAAGCAUUACACAAUGGAGAAGGAGAGACAAACACUCCAAUUCAAACACCCACCCCUCAACCUCUAUCAUUUCAAAUUAGUUUAGAUACUUAUUUAAAAAGUUUAUGUUCAUUGAUCGAACCAUUGUUGAUUAAACCAAAUUUUCAAACUUAUCCUGUCCAGUUUUCUUUUUUUUAAUAGUUCCUAUAUAAAUUGCAACAACUAGUUUUUAUUGUUAGUAGUUUUUUUUUUUGAAAAAUCCCUAAUAUUGUUGCACAUUAUACAAUAGAGGCAAAUUAACAGUUUUUGCCUAAAUUGCUUAGCAUUUCUACGCAUUUGGUCUACAAUUAUUUGGUCAAGUAGACACAUUUAAUGGGAACUGUGUCAAGAUUAUGUGCACAUCUACUGAUAACAGGUCAGGUCUG